UCUUUUGUAGCCACAGACGAGGCAGAUGGUGGAGAAAAGGGAGGAGAGGAGAACAAAGACUCUCAGCCUCUGGCCGAAUUGUCAACCUUUUCCAUAAUGGCCAAAUCUAUCACAGUCAAUCUGAAAGUUACUCAUCACGGACGUGUUCCUGUGUUCUCAUCUCCCAGAUCCCGUUCCAGGACUGUUCUGAGUGUUGUGUUCUCAGGAUGCAGCACGCAGGUCGACAGCGUAACCUCUACACAGCUCUUCACUGUCUCUCUGGGUAUCAUGGCCAUAGAAGCUUGGGCAACUGGCUUCUGUUCUUGUUCAGAUGCCAUUCCUGCUUCAUGGAAGCCUAGUUCAGAUUCUCACGAAAAGGUGUCAGUGUUUUCACUUGGAGACACAACCUCAUGCGACACAGAGCUAGUAAUUACUGGCUCUCUCUUUGACCCUGAAAAACAGGGAGCAGCCUCUUCAAAUCUUCAGCUGCUGCUUCCCACUCCAGAGCUUCUGCUGGCCCCCAGACCAGAGUUCUCUGCCGUUUGGUUCACCUACGAAUACUAUGAUGUGGGCCCCGCCCACCCUUGUGAGGUCUGCGAGGAGAGACUUCAGGUCGGAGAAAUUGACUUUUUGCUCAGUCCAGACACUCUCCACAGAGUCAGUCACUUCACUUCAGCCUAUGGGGAAUCAGUCAAGGCUUGUCCACUCUUCACAGAAGGUAUGGUUGUUCUGGGAGACCCCAAAGCUGAAACUUCUUUCAAGAUAACCUCAGCUGGUGGUAGAGCAGUUGUGGUAUCAAACACCCACUACUUAGCUUCUUUCUCUUCUUCAUCAAAUGAGCACACAAAAUCGAAGCCACCCUUGAAAAUUCAAUCCCUCCCUCUGCCUCCCCCCUCCCACGCUCUACCCACACUCACCCUUUCCCUCGCUCGCUCAACUGUUUCCAUAACCUCAGCCAUGUACAGUGGCAAUGCUAGCCUUGAAACCCCCCAAAGAAGCCAGAUGAGAGUUGCUCUCUCCCAGCUAGAAAUAGCAGACGGUGGAGAGUUCAGUCUUAGUCCAAAGCAAUCCGAAUUGAAAAGGAUUGUUAGCGCCCCCAAACUUGAAAUUUAUAGCCACUCUAAAACAACCGGAGAUGGGAAAGUUAUCAAAGAAAACGACUCUUCUUAUCUUCAGCUGCACGUGGAGGAAAUUUCAUGUGUAGCUUCAGCAGAACAGGUUUCAAGGAGUAGUUUUAUAGUGUCAUCCUGGUAUAAUGGACCGUUUGUCCCUGGGCGUCCGAAAACAAAAACUAAGUGUCUUUCCAGCCCGGAAAUCUCAGGGGGUCAUCUCCACAUUUCAGUCAAGGAAGUUGAGCUCACUAAAUCGGUUAUGGUAUCGUACACUUUUCUUUCUGCGACUGUCGACUCGUUUUGCGUGGUGCUGCUUUGCGACAGUACAAAGGGUAGGUUGUGCCACGCGAUCCCUGUGGUUUAUGGGCCAAUCUCGACAGUUCAAUGGAAUAAAACUGAUGCCUACACUUCUACCAAUAGUUAUGAGCAAGGCGAUGGAAGCACUAGUAGAAUGCUUGAAUUUUUCACCGCUUUGCCCCAUAAAGACACUUCAGAUGAGAGCUACCCCACACUACAGCUAUCACUAGGUGGCUUAGCACUUUGUGCAGACUCAACAGUGUUAGACUUUGUGAAGUGCAUCCCUUCUCUGAUCGGAAGAGAGCUACCGAAAAGCGACCAUGUGAAGGAGCCAUCGCAGCAGAUGGCAAGAGAGCCUGGAACUGAUCCAUCUGUUCACAGUGAAGAUACAGCCACAGACGUCAUACACACAUCUGAUGCAUCAGCUGAAGCUUCUAGUGGUGAAGGAGAUUUCAUUGCUAAGCUCAAAUCUUAUGCCACAAAGGUGGACAUUCAACCUGUACUGAUAGUUAUUCUGGCAAAACCUCUGGAGGAAGGGUUGAUGUCAACUGAAGUUCCGGAGUUCCCUGUGCUGCCUGCGCUACGUGAGAAUGACUCAAUGGAAGCUCUCCUGUUGUCCCUACCUCAGCUCUCACUAAUAUCAGCUAAGAGCCAUGUGCUCGAAGAACCGGUACCAAGAGCCUCAUCUACAAGCACCUUUCCAUGGGAUUGCACCCUACGGCACACAUCGAUCAUUGCGUUUAGAGAAGGCACUACUCCGUUCUACAUUUUGGAGCCUCUUUCAGUAGCCAUCUCUCUGGCUGAUCAACAGGGAGGUACCGGUGUGACCGUCCACACAGACUUGGUGGCGGUUUCUCUCUCAAAGAAGGAAGGAGAAUUACUAAGCGGGUGUGUAUCUCAAGUUGUGGGCACUCUCUCGUCGCUGUUGGCCCCACCUGUUCCGGAAAGGAGUGACGAUUCUGGUGUUCAUUCUUCUGAAGAUCCUCUCCCAACUCCCCACCGUCAUCCCUCCCACCUUUCCUCCCCGGCACUCUCCACCAUCACCACAGCAACCAUAACCACCCUCCCCACCCACACAUCGCUGGGCAAUGCGUCCUCUACCUCCUCCCUCUAUACAAAUCAUGGCUUCUCCACUCUUUGGAUUCAGGCAAUAGUCUCCAAAGCCACCCUCACCAUUUAUGCUCCACUCCCACCAAACCCACGUCCUACUACUACCAGUAGUUCUGUUGAGAGACAUUCAGUGUCUGCCCAGUCUAAGACUAGCAGUACUGGGUCUUAUAUGACGCCUCUCACAAGCCCGACAGUAGAAAUAGUGGGGCCUAUUACAUAUCCGUUACCGACGGGUUUGCAAACUGAGGGGUCUACGGCGAGGAAAGAUGGUGGAAGAGACAGAGAUUUUACAGAGGAAGAGUCUCAAAUGGCCAAGUUUUCUAUUGAGGUCGAUGGAGUGUCAGUGCAGUUUGAUGUGCAGGAGAAGUGUACUGAUCUCAUAGUCAAAGUCUUAGCUGUUGGCGCCAAUCUCCACAGGAGAAACUGCGGUCACUUUGCAUCCACUGGGGGUAAAGGAGGAGGCAGAAGUGGUGGAGUGUGGAUCCCUUACCUUUCGAGUGAGAAGAUUCUCAGUUCAAAAGGGACUGCUUUGCCAGCCGAACUCUCAGAAAUCCUUAUUCAUUCUUCAUCAGCAGCCAUACAUUUGCCUCAAGGACACACAGUCUCAAGUGACUCUUUCAGAAAUUUCAUAACCCUGGAGCUAAACAUUCCUCGCCAGUCCGUGCACCGAGCAGCUGGAUUGAAACUGAAAAUUCAGUCAUUCGAGGCGGUUGUCUGGUUGCCAGUUGUUGACAUGGUUUCGUCUGUUUUAGGCUCCUUGCAGCUUAGCAGACAGAAGGAAGUAGGGCAAGUUGAGGUGGCUACCCCACACGAUCCUGCAGACAUUGGUUCCUGGCCAGCCGUUGAAACAACGGUCGAGUGCUGCCGUUUGGUCCUGCCAUCCUCCGACUACUCCAACUCUAUUCUCUGCAACGUCGGUUGUGUGACCGUCUCCCACUCGCUGGACUACCCCACGACUGAUGUGAGAUAUGUCAUCUCGGCCAGUGCCUUUCGGAGGCUGGCACAUCUCUCCAGUGAGAAGAAGCAGCCUCCGUUGCCUGCGUACCAACUGGAUCUUCUAGCGAUGUCAGUCUGGGGGAUACAGAGACAAGAAGGAGGGAGUGCCCAGGUGUUGUUGUAUGCUGGCAGUAGUGACAUAAGGAUGAUUUAUACUCCGGCUCUGUACUGGAGACCCACUGUAGUUGGCACAACACAUAAGCCUGCCAUACUGGCUUGUGGUCAUUGUCUUGAAGUGAACUUCAGAACUGAUCUUGAUCUAAUGCUUGGACCAGAACAGGUUGACUGUAUUUCAACUAUUCUUCGGACUAACACAGUAUCGUUGGCCACACCCACUCGUUCGUCAAUGUCGCCCAAAAUGCCAACCACACCCGUGACCACACCCUCUCAUCCCUCAGCUGCAGUGGAAAGCAGUAAGACUCGACAUCCUAGCGUCCCCUUCAAGGGCUUGGUGUCUGGAACCACAGUCAGACUAACUUUAGUCUCCUCCCACUCACCCACUGGGGAAGAAGCGGAGAAUUUCGUGGAUUCUGCAUCUGAGAGUUCAGAGAGUGUGUUCCCAACUCUCCACGGACUGGACUCCUCAGUGGUCCCUCUGGCUCAAUUGCAACUGUUCAAUAUUAUCUGUGGAGUGACCACAACUACCAGCGGAGGGUAUCUUCUGGAGGGCUCAUGCUUCAAUAUGUCUGUGGGUUAUAGUGGAAGCGACGAUAUUGUUUGCAGUUAUUCAGAUUUGGUUGAUGCUGGAAUGACUUCAUCUCUAAUGGACCGCCCACUCUUGGAAACACGGCGAGGUCAUUCUCAACACAUGAGGGAAAUCCCCCCGAGUGUGUUUGCCAUAGCAAUCGAUGUCCACCUGCAUAAACCCCCAGCACUGACGGUCGACAUAAGUCGACCAGUGAAGCUAACACUUUCUCCAAAACUGAUCACAAAACUCUCAGAAUUCAGUGAUCCCAUUCUCAAAUCUAUUGAGAGUCAGCAUGGAACGAAGUCAUUGAACGCCCCAACUGCCACAGAGGACACCAAAAGUUCAGAAGAAAGUGUGACCAAAGAUGAGAUGGAAACCCAGGAACUGCAGCGCGAGAAGAAUAAUCCGACACCCUCUGCAUUUAGUGAUGCUGUUGACAGCACUGGCAAUUCUGUGCAAGUGAAACUGAAAGUUAUGCAAGUAUUAGUUGAGUUCCAAAUCUCCACACGCUGCAUGGAUCUUGCUGAUGGGGACAAUGACAGAGAAUUGUGUGCGAGCAUUGGUGAGGAGAUGGAGGCAGAGCCAACUGUAGCCGAAGAAGGAUUUAUUUUGGCGUGGGAUCAUUUGGACUUAGCCUAUCCCAAUAUCUCUGGCGUUGCUAUGCAGCAGACUUCUGUUACAGGUGAUCUUCAUGUCUGUGGUCUUCAGCUGCUGAGCAUCAUGAGCUACUCAACUAAUCCUGUCGUCUUACCCACACAACUCAACUGCUUCCUUAUCCAACACACUCCUUCCUCCCCUCUUGACUUAGGGUAUUUGACGGCUAAUCUGUCGUGUGGACUUUUGGAUUUGAAGCUCAGCCGAGAAGUGUUGGACUUGGCUAGCAGAGUACUGCAGACUAUAACCAAUAUAUUUGCAUCUCAGGAAGGUGAUACUCUGACUGGUGAGACUGAGCCGGUGAUAAAGAAGGAAGAGAAGAUGGUUCGUUUCCACGAUGACUUGAGGGCAGGAGACUUCACUUUUGUCAAAGAUUCAGAUGUGGCAGUGGGGUACUCGCCACAACCGGGAGAAGUGUUUUUCUCACUCGGGGAACAAGAUGGCUCCACGUUCAUGAUGUGGCACUAUCACGAGCCACGGGCGAUCACAAAACUCGCCAUCCUCCCAGUCCCUUUCAGUUUCACUUCGGAGACCGAUGCCCCUAUCGACAUUGAGGUUGGGUGUACACUUGAUUACUGGGAUGAGGAUCGGGGAAUUUUCUCGGUACUUCAAGAAUUUCGUCUCACUGAGACCACACCCACUGAGGUCAUAGUACCUCGUGUGGUUGGAUCUCGCAAGUGGAGGAUAGCAAUUGUUGAGGUUGAGUGGGAGGAUGAGGAGGAGGGAGUGAGAUUUGUCAGCAGUAGUUCAGACGUGGUUGACGGGGAGGGAUCUCCGGUGCCUAUUGCUGCCAUAAUAUCCCCAGUCCUGCUGGCUGGGGGGACAUGCGUUGACUCGUACUUCAGUCCCAGCCUGGUACCGGUCUUGGACCUCAGCCUCACCUGCCACAAAUUGCAGGCAACACUUGUGCACAACUCACCCCCUUAUCCAGGGCGCUAUGGUGAGUAUGAAGUGGUUCAGCUAACCAAAGGCCCUCAGGAGCUGGUGAGACUGCACAUAGAGCACUUGACCUGUCAUCUGAAACAGACAAGAAGUACUGACACAACCUUUCAGGGUGAUGGACAAUUGUCCAUUGAAUUUCUGGACUUUCUGGACUUGUCUUGGAGAGUGGCACUUCAUCCAACACAUCUCCACGUCCAUCUGGACAGAAAAAUACCCUUACAAAAGGUUGAACCAGGGUCUUGGCCUUCUAGAACUGGGAACGAGGGUUGCAUGCUCUAUGAUGCCAGCCUGAAGUGCAGCCCGGCAGUGCUGAGGUUAUCCCAGGGUCUUCUCCAUACCACCUCUCUCUCUCUUCACACGUGGACCAUGGAGAAGGAGGGAGAGGAUGGAGGAAUGGCGGUAGAAAAGUCGGCAAUUAUUCUAAACCAUUUCAUAUUGUGUAACAACACUCUCCAAGACCUUCAUUUCGGACAGGUAUCAACUGACGAAGUCACGGCAUUGCUGAGUCGACAAUGCAUUGGUUACAGUUGGAGAAAUACGAAGAUAACACCGCAAUGCCUUCACCUCUGUAUUGUGACUGGUGGUGUGUGGAGAUGGACUAAGCCAUUCUCAAUAUCCAAAGAAGGCGCACAAUCAAUUGAAGUGUACAUCGGAAGACACACGGCACUGGUUCAUAUACAUGUGGCUAACAUUGGAGGCUUACAGAGAAAGGUUACACUCACUGGUAACUGGACGUUUUCUUCGGCACUUCCUUUCCCUCUCCACCUCUCCCUCAUCUCGACUCUCGACCAAGACACUACCAGCGACAGAGAAACACCUUUUGAACCUCGGGAAACCCUUCUCUUGCCUCCCAAGUUGAGCUUGCCAUCUGUGGUUGUCCCUGAAAGUCAGCUCUCUGGAGUGAGAGUGAGGUCUCCUCAGUCGAACGGCUGGUCUGAGGUGUACCCUAUUCACUCCACUACUGACGAAUGGAGCAAGCCACAGCUACUCACCGAGAUUGAGUAUUCCAGUGGACAAAGGGUUAAUCUCUGGUACAAUAUCAAGUCUUUGCAUACCUCGAGAAAGGAGAGUCAGAUAACCUUCUCUCCACUUUUUGCCAUCUGCAACCAUCUGCCCUUUGACCUCACAAUGGUUGCUACGGAGACCAAUUCCUCUGGCUCCGCCCCCACCCCACUACCGGAGUGUGUGUUGAGUGGGGAGGGAGAGAGAACGGUACUGUGCGGGCUUCACGCCAGUACUUGGUAUCACCUGAGUUUCAGACGAAGUGGCUGUGAAGCUGUGUCAGAACCAACAGUAUCACUGUCCACUUUCCUCCUUGUCCAUCUCCCCUUUUCUGAGCAAGAGGUGGGAGGGAAGCAAGAUGAGGAGAAGAAACUGAGGGACUGGCCAUAUGAUGAUGCUGAUGAUGAAGCACAGUUUGGUCAGUCGGGUGUAACGUUGGGUAACAGUAUGAAAGUGAUGCUUCCAUCAGUUGCUGGGUCUCAAAGCUGUCUCCAUGCCGUUCUGGAACGGGACCCGUUCAACACAAUCGCCCUCCAUCUUCUGCCAGACGUGCUCGUGAUCAAUCGCUCACCCGUCACACUUCAACUCCUUACAAGUGUCACAGAAAACACAGAUUCACUCGAAGAGCUAACGAAUGAAGGGGGAGAGGGGUGAAAGAAAUUGUGUCUACCUUAGACCCAAAUAAUGUUAGCCUCCUGCCUCAGAAUAAGUUUCAUUUGCUUACUGAAUGGGAGGGUAAAACCCUAGUCUCCCAGGCACUAAUUGCCCAGCCGGAUAAAGAGAAAGAGAAAGAGGAAAACAAGCCAACCAAUGUCAUACUAACUGAAAGUGAAAGCAAAGAAGAUUUUGGUGUGUUUGGAAACCUAAUGCUAACCCGGAGAUUCAAAGGUGCCAUGGCAAUCCUGAGCAUCACUCCGACCUAUGUUUUUCACAACAGCACCCCAUACGAUCUUCACGUUUCUGCUUCUCUCUUCCAUCCCGUUACGCAUAGAGCCCAGACAGGCCUCCAUACGCCUUUAGUGAUAGAACAUGCCCCUUCUCAAACCUCAAUGCCAUUGCCAUUCUGUGAGCACAUAGAAAUGGAAGGCACGGGAGAAACCGUGCAGGCUCUUUCGCUGAGAACUUCCUGCGAAGAUAGGAGGUGGUCUUUGCCACUUUCGUCUGAUUUCGUCCGCCAUUCCUUUGCCCUACCGACUUCAAAUGAGAUGUACUUGAAGGCAGUCUUGACAAUGCACGAACAUUCAAACACAAUCUACAUAGUGGCGUCUAUAGAUCCUUCUCCUCGGCUUCUCAUACAGAACCACACUCAGCAGCAUUUGGAGAUUGUCGAAGAAAGCACUGGAGGUGUCCACAGCUUCCCACAAAAGCUCCCCCCAGCACAAGAGGUUUCAUACGAGCCGCCAACAUACGCCAAGCAGUACCCCAUUGUGUUUGACGAAGAAGUGACACACAGCAAAGCGGUCAACCAAACCAAGGAAAAACUGGCGCGAGUGGCGGUAAAAUUUCGACUCGAUCGCACGCAGCUUGAUGCAGAAGAUGAAGGUACUGAAAUGGAGUGGAGUGACCCUUUUUACCUGUCUAGUGGAAGCGACCGUGUUAUCUCUAUCCCUGAAGGAGACAGUAUGCUCGUAUCGACCCACAAAAGAGGCACUACUCUUCAUCUCUCUCUGCUUCCUACUGGACCAGCAGCAUCGUUUCUUCCAAUCUCCAGCACUACAGAAGUUGACUCCCCCAUAAGCAGUGUGAAGGUUGAGAUGGCAAUAGACUUGAGGCUGGAACAAAUGGUCAUCUGUAUAGAUGAUGAAACCACAGAAGACUUUGAAUUGAUUCAGGAGAUUCUCCAAGUAAUCGUUGACGGAGCAUCUUUGCAGUUCAGUAAUGGUGUGGGAAGUGGCGGAAGUUCCUUGGAGCUCACUGUUGAUUCGUUUCACAUCAACAACAUGAUGGAGAGAGACGGCGGUGACUUUGCAGUUACUGUGAUACCCAGAGCUCACCACCACCGGCGAGCCAGCUUGAUCGACUCUGAGCCCACUCCAUUGGCCAGUCUCUCGGUCCACUACAGUCCUCACAGCCCAAACCUGAUCGAGUUGAUCCGCAUUUCACUACGGCCACUGACCCUCCAACUCGAAGACGAGCUUCUGAACAGAUUGAAAUGUGUGGCCGCAUCCUAUAGUAACCCAGGUGUACUGCGCACUCCAUUACCUGGGAGAAAGAACCGACAAGGAAGUACUGUCACUCCUAAAUUGGUUUUAGCCGAGGCAGAAAGAGAUGUCAUUCCACUGGCUGUGACAAAGCUGGUGAUUGAGUCUGCCGCUUUCUACCUCAAUGCCCGGAUCUCUCUGCGUGUCCUCUUGUCUUGCAACGACAGUCCGUUCCGUUUCUCCCGCUAUGAACUGCGAAACAUCUACUCCAACUGGACUGAAGUUUCGCAGACGGUUGCCUCUCGCUAUGUCAUGUCCACGAUUGCUCACAUAGGAUGGCUUUUGGGGUCCCUGGAGCUGAUUGGGAGCCCGGGAACUUUCAUCCAAAAUGUGGGUCGUGGUCUGAGAGAUCUGGUGACCCUGCCUUACCAAGGCCUCACUAGAAGCCCCACCUGGUUCUUGCUCGGUAUUGGACAGGGCACAAUGUCUUUCAUCCAACACUUCUCGUCUGGUGCACUUGGCUCCGUCACCAGUAUGGCGUCUAGUAUUUCUCACAACAUGGAGCGCUUGUCCCUUGACCCACACCAUGUGUCCUACCAGACUCAACAGAGGCAGCAGAGACCUGCAACUCACUUCACGCGAGGUCUGGUGUCCGGUGCAUCCAGCCUUGGGCUGAGUCUCAUGAGUGCCGUGGCUGGCAUAGUGGAACAACCGAUGCAGAGCUACCAUCAGAUUGAAGGUCCCGUGAGCCCAGCAGUGGCUGCUCAGAGCAUCUUGAAAGGAGUUGGGAAGGGUUUACUCGGGGCUGUCACCAAGCCGGUCGGAGGUGUAAUGGAGUUAGUCUCACAGACCGGGCAAGGUCUGAUGCACGGGACAGGGCUGGCAAAGAGACUCUCUCACAAGCCAGUCGUAGUACAGUCUUUCACCGGAUCAGUGACAAGAAUCAGCCUUCAGUGCAGCUCUACUGCCUGCGCCAUAAAACUAGGUGGAGAUGUUCCUCUAUUGCUCAGCACACCAGUCAGGUACACUACACCAAAUGGUACGACAAACCCAGCACUGCUACUGCUCACACACGAGAGGAUCUAUCUUCUCGAUUCGACGAAAAACACCUUCCAGCAGACGUUUUCAGUGUGUGACCACAGCCUCAAUGAGCGAGACUCCGGGGCUAGCAAUCCGGACGAAGUCGAAAUUGAAAUCGUCGCUAAUUCCACGCAGCCGACGGAGAUGCCACGUUUUCACAAAGUGGAAUACUUUCUACGGCAGAGCUGUGAAAAACGCAGCAGCGCAGAAUCUAUUGGUGUAGCUCAACUAGCAGCUUCACCGACGCUUGAUUGGAGUGACCCUGAAUUAGAAGAAGCUGAUCAGGCUUCAGACAGGGCGGGAGUCAAGUUUCUUAUCCCGACUCACCACGCAGCGCAACUACUCUCGCUUUUCAACUCUCUCUCUCGUCUCCCGCUCAAUCCACACACGGCCUUCCCUGUUCACAGAACUGUCAAAUCUGCAUCAUUCUUCAGUACAACCAGCAAAUAGGUCUCACUCAAAACUUUCUCAGCUACAAUCAUAAAUUUAGGUGUCUCUUGUUUAAAAUAAUUGAUUUUGUUAAGGCACAACGAAAUUUUUUAUAAGAAUCUCUGAGAGCUGUGCAAUAACUUGUUUUUCAGGGACAAAGCUGAUCAUUAUAUAUACAUGUAGGUUGUUUAAAAUGUUGGUAAGGCACAGGGAAAUUUUUAUAAGAAUCUCUGAGAGCCGUGCGAAAAUUUGUUUUUGAGGGACGAAGCUGAGUCCUUCAUGAGUGCCUGUCGUUUGGCCGGAGUCACAAUGCUCUGUGGGGGUUUCAAGUCCACCUCGCGAUCGAACGGGCGCCUUAAACCUUUUGACUCCUCAUUCUGUUCCUGGAUGAGAGAGUCCAAUGAUAGUGUGUUGGUCACAUGACACCAUGUGAUAAGCACAUUAUCCCACUAUGAUGUC